ACUAAAUAUUACCGUCCAGCAGCAGCAGCGAUGAGUAUUCACCCCGAGUAGCUUUUUGUAGUGUUUGUCGCACUUGAUGAACGCGGUUCUGUAAACGACUUUCAUUCUUUGCCCACUUAACGUUUGUCAGCAAUGUCAUUCAUGAUGAUGAAAAAAAAGAAAUUUAAGUUCAAAGUGGACUUUGAGUUAGACGAACUGUCUUCUGUUCCCUUUGUCAACGGCGUCCUAUUUUGCAAAGUCAGACUUGUCGACGGGGGCUUUACUGAAGAGUCAUCAAGGGAGGCGGUUCAGGCCAACUGUGUUCGUUGGAGGAAAAGGUUCUCCUUUCUGUGCAAAAUGAGUGCCAAUGCAGGGACUGGUCUUCUGGACCCUUGUGUGUGUAGAGUGUCAGUGCGCAAGGAGAUGAAAGGCGGAAAGACAUUUGCUAAGCUUGGGUUCACUGACCUGAACCUGGCCGAGUUUGCUGGCUCAGGGAACACCACCCGCCGCUGCUUGCUGGAGGGCUAUGACACCAAGAACACCCGGCAGGACAACUCCAUCCUCAAGGUGGUUAUCAAUAUGCAGUUGAUGUCAGGAGACCCCUGCUUCAAAACUGCUCCAUCCACUGCCAUGACUAUUGGGAUCCAAGGAGAAGCGGAAAGCUUGCUGGAGUCACGCAAGGGGGAGACAUCAAAGUCCUGUCCAGCUUUAGCAGUAGAGUUCCCCAGGAAGUGUGGCUCUGUUCCUGAUGAACUGGGGGGCGGGGGCCACUCAAGAACCUCAAGUUACGCCAGCCAGCAGUCCAAAGUCUCAGGCUACAGCACAGGUCACUCGCGCUCCUCCAGCCUAACAGAGCUCACCCAUAAGAGAAACACGUCCGUGGGCAGUGCCUCCACGGGGGUGGGCAGCAUGCCCGAGGCCAGUGAGGAGCGGGAGUCCAAAUCGGUGCCCCCAACUUCAGCAGCCUGUGCUCUCGUGCCAGAGUACCUGGGUACCCCACAUAAGAGCGCCUCAGCUGAGAGGCUCUACAGGCAUCCAAUGAAGCAGGACUCUGUAGAGUGUCAGCUGAAGCGGUUCGAUGCCACCAGGGUGGACGCCGACGACAUUGUGGAGAAGAUCCUCCAGAGUCAGGACUUUAGCCAUGGCCUACUGGACUCCAGUGCUGAAGAGGAAGGUCUCCGACUGUUUGUGGGCCCCGGUGGCAGCACAGCCCUUGGCAGCCAGCACACCAGGGUCGGUGUGGGUGCUUAUGAACAGGUGGUCAUCAAGCGCUAGGCAGAGGCUGCGGUUGAGGGCAGUAACAGUAUUCAGUGCUGGGAGACCGACGGACCGACAAACAGACACGGAGACAUGGCCGCAUCGAACCUUAUGGAGCUGCACUUUAUCACUCCGUCUCCAGCAGAGGGUGCUGUGGACACCUGGCUGAGGACAUUCACAAAGGUCUGCUCUCCACGAAUGCGGGGACCUGAAGCUGGUCACGUCUUGUUCAUUCGGUUGCUGGUUCAAACAGCAUCCAUGGUAAGAGGGGAUCACAGAAGCCCACCUUACUGAUGCAGAACAGCUGGUGUUAAGAUACCAUCGCUUGAUUAGCUACUCUAGUGGGGACUACAUCCAAAGAUGGGUGAAAUAUUCUUUGGAUAAAAUAAACAGUUGCAUCUUUGUUACUGCUGUGUGUCUGUAUAUGUAAAGGAACAAUCUGUCUUGAAGAAAAAACAAACAAAUGGGGACUUGGGUUUUAAAGCCAAGUUUGCUGCUAGUAAAUUAGUAAAUCAGUUGCUAAAAUUGCCUCAAUACAAAAUCUAAACGUUUUGUCUGUUUGAACAGUAAGAGUGGCGUAGUACUUCCUCUUACUAUAUAGUGACAUUAACAUGACCUUACAUAGACAUCUGGUUAGAUUCAGUUAUGGUUAGAGUAUCAUAUGAUUAACUGACAUUUAGGGGAGGGCGAGGGAGCCAGUCAUAAUAAGCUACAAAGAGUGCAAGAGAUUGUCAGAAGAUUUGGCGGCAUGGAAACCGCGUGGAGUGAACAGGAUGGAGUGAUGGACUAAGUGGAUAACAAACCUCAUCACUGUGGUGAAGCUGUCUUACACUGGCCCAGAUUUACCAUUAGCUCUCUGAGGUCAUACGAUGUAAAGAGGACAUCCACAUCUGAGCUCGAUUAAAUAUUUUUGCAGGAUACAUAAAAUAACUUAUACUUAUAAAUAAGCAAUGUAGUUAAAAAUAUAGUUGACAUAAUAGUUAUCAAAUGCAGUAAGUAAAUUUAGUCAGUCUGUGCACCAGAAAAGAGUAAUCAAAGCGUAGCUCUGGGGAAGAAAAUAAUUUCACUGUCUAAGAUUAUUUUAAUGAGUGGGCCGUGAAACAGGUUAAUUAUUUUUAAGUGUAUUUUCAUACUCCAGAAAACACCCAUGACAACUAUUUAUGCUGGUCAUAAAUAUAAAUAAUAGAAAUUAGUAGAGACUUUUUUCAACUAAUGAAUACAGUUUAAUACAUUUCAAAAGGAAGAGGACUCUUUGCAAGUUUGUGCUAAAGGCAUUUGUUGAAUGAAUUUUGCAGCCCAUAUUGUGGUUAAUUCUGUGUACUUAAAUGCAAGUUUCUGUUUUGUUGUGAUUAGGAUUCAGGGUUUUUUUUCUUGCUGAAACUUUAACAACUACUGUUUUAAUCAGAAUACAGUAUUUGUUGAUGAAUUAUUUAUUUAAAUGUUAAAUUGUCAAUGGGAGGAAGUUCCACCCAGUGUUCAUUGUGGAAAAGUGAACCAUUCUUGCCAUGUGAAGCAUACAUGUGCAUGCUCUGUGUUUAUAAGGCUGCAUGUGUUCACUGCGUAGUACCUGUAGCAUUGUAUACUUCUUAACGAAGGACAAAUAUUUUUUUCUUUGUUUCUUUUUUUUGCCAAAUGGUUAAUGAUUACUUAAUUACCCACCUUGUUCUUUGAUCUUUGCUCUGAAUGUAAUAUGAAGGUGCCAUCUGAUUGCAUUGUUGACUUGUUUUGUUUUGUAUUCAUUUCCUACCUUGGUCCUUUGCUUUAAUUGUUUUGCUGUUAAAUUUAAAGUACAGCACCAUUGCUUCUGUGUUGAUGUUUUGUUAAAUGCACACAAUGUACAAUGUAAUUCAGAAGUGGUUAAUAAAUUAAAAGGAUCCAAAAAAUAA